UUCUGUUGACCAAUGGAAAAGGAGGAGCUUCUGUUUUCUUUCCUCUGCUUUUUCUCUUCUCUAUAUAUUCCAAUUUCUUCAUAACUGAAAACCCACAUCUCAUCUCUCUGCAUUCUUCUUCAUCUUCAACAGCAACAUCUCUGCCUCUAAUUUUCUUCUUCCUUCUAAAGAUUUUUGGAUUAAAAUGGCAUUUGAAGAUCACUCAAUUGAGCAAAAAUAUGAUACUCUGCUCUUUGAUGUGGAUGAUACCCUUUAUCCCUUGAGUACUGGUUUCUCAAAGGAAUGCACAAAAAAUAUUCAAGAGUACAUGGUUCAGAAUCUUGGUAUUGAAGAAAACAAAGCCUAUCAAUUGAAUCAAGAAUUGUACAGGAGCUAUGGAACAUCAAUGGCAGGUCUCAAGGCCAUUGGUUAUGACUUUGACAAUGAUGACUAUCACAGCUAUGUUCAUGGGAGAUUACCAUAUGAUAAUCUGAAGCCUGAUCAUGUUUUAAGGAGUCUUUUGUUCAGCUUGCCUCUUAGAAAAGUUAUAUUCUCAAAUGCUGAUAAAGUCCAUGUAGCUAAGACUCUGAGAAAGCUUGGAUUGGAGGAUUGCUUUGAGAGGAUUAUAUGCUUUGAGACUCUUAAUCCCAAUGACAACACCAACGACAAUGCCAAUAAUUACGAAAAUGACCUUAAAAUUGGAGGUCAUUCCUGUCAUUUUGAUUUUGGUUCAGUACUUCCUAAAACUCCAGUUUUAUGCAAACCAUCUGAAGAAGCAUUUGAGCAUGCCAUUAAGUUGGCUAACAUUAAUCCUCAAAGAACAGUGUUCUUUGAUGAUAGUAUCCGAAAUAUUCAGACAGGGAAGCAAAUGGGACUGACAACUGUUCUGGUUGGCAAAUCCAAUAGAGUUUCAGGGGCUGAUUAUGUGCUUGAGAGCAUCCACAAUAUGAAAGAAGCAUUGCCAGAACUAUGGGAAGCAACUGACAAUUCAAAAUCUACAGAGUAUGGUACUGGAAAAGUUGCAAUUGAGACAUCUGUCACAGCUUAGCUUGAUUACUGUUUUCUAUUUGGGAGUUUGUAGUUACCUGUGCAGGGACAUUUUGUAUCCCAUUUUUAUGAUUAUCAAUAAAGUCUUUUCUUUUUCUUUUUUGUUUUUUAA